AUGAACGAUCACUGGUGGAGCAAAAGGCUCAAAUACGAAGGCGUUGUGUCGCCUAUUUCCAAAGACAUGGACAAGUGUAUGAAUCCCAAUUACAAACCGUUUGAUCCGAGUGCGGCGUACGCUGAGGUGAUAGAGCUACCGCACAUCAAAGACUUCCUGGGACCGAUAAUAGAAUUCCAAAUAUUCAAAGCGUUGUGCAAAAUUUGCGGCGAGUACAAAUCUAAACACGCAAAAACCAAACACUUGUACGAGUGCAACCUACGUGGCUAUAAAAAAGUCGGAAAAAUUAUCAAAUCAGUCAUGGCAAGUGGCUCUUCGACGGAAUGGAAAUUUCUUUUCGAGACAAUAGUUGGACACCGACGAGUAGAAAUAGAUCCUUUGUUGGAAUAUUUUCAACCUCUUCACAAUCAUCUUUUAAAAACCAAUCAGGAGACCAAUGAACACAUUGGAUGGAAGUAG